AUGGGUGUGAAAAAUUAUACCAUGGUAUCCGAAUUCAUCCUUCUUGGACUAACAGAUCGUCUGGAUCUCCAGGUCCCUCUUUUUGUCUUAUUUCUAGUGAUCUAUGUUCUGACAUUGACUGGGAAUAUGGGAAUGAUUGUAUUGAUUAGGAUCAGUCCCCAGCUCCAUACCCCCAUGUACUUUUUUCUCAGCAAUCUGUCUUUGGUUGAUCUCUGCUAUUCUUCCAUCUUUGCUCCAAGGUUGCUAAUGAAUUUAGCUCAAUCUAAAACAAUUUCUUAUGCUGGAUGCAUCACCCAACAUUGCUUUUUUGUGGUGUUUGUAACUACUGAAGGAUUCCUACUAGCUGCAAUGGCAUAUGACCGCUAUGUAGCCAUUUGCAACCCACUGCUCUAUACUGCUAUUAUGACCAAAAACGUUUGCAUUCAUCUCCUAGGAGGGUCAUAUUUGGGGGGGCUAUUGAAUUCAUUCACACACACAUCUGGCUUACUGAUAUUAUCAUUCUGUGUUCCUAAUACAGUCAACCACUUUUUCUGUGAUACACCAGCUAUGCUGCAAGUUGCAUGCUCUGAUAUCCACAUUAAUGAACUUCUAUUGGUCAUCUUCUCUGGGGUAAUUGCUCUUUCUACAUUCCUGAUAAUCAUAAUCUCCUAUCUAUGCAUCCUCACUACAAUCCUAAAGAUCCACUCUUCUGAGAGCAGAUACAAAGCCUUCUCAACCUGUGCCUCCCACCUGACAGCUGUAACCUUGUUCUAUGGACCAGUAAGUUUAAGUCAUUUGCAACCUGGUUCCAUGUACUCUCAGGAGCAAGAAAAAAUCUCAGCUGUGAUCUACACUCUGGUAGUCCCUAUGCUGAACCCACUGAUAUACAGCUUGAGGAACAAAGAAGUAAAGGAUGCCUUAAAGAAAGUUAUCAGCUGUUAA